UCAAUGAUUUUCCGCUCAGUGUGAAACGAACCAACAACUAAAACGAAACGAACGCGCGCGCAUCGCACAAAAUAGAAAUAUUUUCAAAGCGGGCGCACAUAAAAUUAGCCUCCCCAGCCAACCCCCCUGCCACCUGCCACCUGUCCGCAGCAAGAGCAAAAGGAGAAUAUCGAGAGGAGCGGGGCAUAACUAAAAUCUUAACUAUAAAAUAAACAAUCGAAUCGACGAAACAACAGAGACUGAACGCGAACCGAGAUACUUAUAUCCACAGAUACAUAUUGCACGAGUAUGUAGAUAUUUGUACGUAUCCGUGGCAAUUAUUAUUGUGGCAAUUGGACUGAGGAUUGCACUGAUUGCACCAAGAUUGAGAUUGAAAUCGAGCGAAUGACAGAGCAGAACAGAACCGACCGAAACAGAGACAAAGACAAAGAAUCCACAAGUAGCUGGCGACGCAACGCGGGGCAGGCCCAGGCGGAAAGAUAAAUAGUCAAACAGAUCGGAUAAUUGCUCUUUGGGGCGGCUAAUGCUAGUUCUCGCUCUAAAAAUAAACUCUCGAACAAUUCUCGGAGACAACUACAACUACUGCAUCACUGUUCCGCCCUCUGCAGACGAGUAGUUUUGCCAGUUCUCCCAGGAAGUAGUCGGAGAAGAGCCACCUGCCCUUGGAGCCCUGAGGAUCCGUAUCGCUCUCAGACUUCUUUCUGGUGACAGGACAAGAAUGGCCUACGACAUCAGCAUAGAGCACAACAAUUGUCAGACGCCAUUAUCGAUAGACUCUUGGGGCAUGCAACUGUAGCAUCCGAGGCAGAGCCAAGACCGAGACCAAGACAAGCAGAGAACAGGAGAACAGAGAGCAGGAGAACAGGAGAAGGCAGAACGGCAGAAGAAGGGCAGGAGAGAGCCGACAAAUUGUAACUUUCGCGUUUCAGUGAAAAAACCCAACAAUUUAACAACUACGGAACAUAGUUUUAGCCCCUAACUAAACUACAAAUACAACUACAACUACAACUACAACAAUUAAGAACAUUUAAGCACUAAGCAGAGCAGCUAACGAACUAAGCGAAACGAACUAAACACCAAACACUAAACUAAACUAAACUAAACACUAAACCCAAGCUAAGAGGAGCUAAGAGGAGCCACAGCCACAGCAGCCACACUAAAUUAAAUGCAGAUGAGGCAGAAGCAACCACAAGGAGAAGGAGAAGUGCAACAAUCGAGCGGAAAAUCAAUGAGCAGCAAACGAAAGCAUAAAAAGCUCAAGCCAACAACGACACUCAACUGUAGAGGAGGAGGAGGCAACCUGUAGAGAGCGCUCGGGAACGGGAACGGGCAAGGGAACGCGAACGGGAACGGGAAGGGAGAGAACGAAGCUUUGAAGCAUGCAACAGGCUGGCCAACUCACGCAGCAGCAACAACUCCAGCUACAGCUCCAACAGCAGCAGCUCCAGCAGCAGCAGCAGCAGCAGCUGCAGCAGAAUGGCGGCGACGCGGCCGCCUAUGCCGCCGCCUCUGCUGGCCAGGCAGCAGGCCAAGGCGGGAGGCGUGCCGCGAUAAGCGGCGGCCGCUUCGACUUUGAGGAUGGCGGCACCUACUGCGGCGGCUGGGACGAGGGCAAGGCCCACGGACACGGCGUCUGCACGGGACCCAAGCACCAGGGCGCCUAUGCCGGAGCCUGGAACUAUGGCUUUGAGGUCUCCGGCUCGUACAUCUGGCCCAGCGGAUCCCACUACGAGGGCCAGUGGCAGAACGGUCGUCGCCAUGGCCUGGGCGUGGAGCAGAUCGGGCGGCAGAUCUACCGCGGGGAGUGGUCGAAGGACGGCCAUAAGGGACGCUACGGCGUCCGGGAGAGCACCGUGUCGACGGCCAAAUACGAGGGCACCUGGAACGAGGGCUACCAGGAUGGCUCCGGCUGCGAGACCUACGCCGAUGGAGGCAAGUACCAGGGACAGUGGCAAGAGGGGAAGCGCCAUGGAUACGGCAUCCGCACCUCGGCUCCCUUCGGCCUGGCCUCGCACCACCGCCGCAAGAACCUGCACGCCUCGCUGAGCUCCCUGCGGAGCGGGGAGAAUGGGAAUGCGGCCAAGAUGGCCGCGGAGAAGUCGGAGGAGAUCCGCGGGGGCUUCGUGCUGACGGCCAAGUCGGACAAGCUGCCGGUGCGCCGCAACAGUCUGACGGAGAAGACCAAGAAGGGAUUCCUCAUGGGCCUCAAGAUGCGCAAGCAGCGCAGCACGGGAGAUCUGGAGAAGCGUGGCACGAUCGCGUCCGGCAGCAUACGCUCCACCAUGUCCUCGGCUUCCUGGAUCAGCACCGGCUCCGAGCAGUCAAACCUGACGCAAAAAUCAACGCACACGGAGUCCAAUGCCAGCUUCACCUUGGAGGACGAGCAGCUGGACCCCACUGUCGUGGAGACCUACAUGGGCGAGUGGAAGAAGGACAAGCGCUGUGGUCACGGCGUGGCAGAGCGCAGCGACGGCCUCAAGUACGAGGGCGAGUGGUACAACAACCGGAAGCAUGGCUACGGUGUGACCACCUUCCGCGACGGCACCGUCGAGGAGGGCAAGUACAAGAACAACAUCCUGAUCACCAGCCAGAAGAAGAAGCAUUUGUUCCUGGCGCGCUCGCGCAAGUUCCGCGACCGCAUCACGGCCGCCGUCAACUCCGCCCAGCGCGCCCUCAAAAUGGCGAUGCAGCGAUCCGACAUGGCCAUCUCCCGCAUGGCCACCGCCGCAUCCAAGGCCCAGAACGCGGACACGUCCGCAGAGCAGGCGAGGAUCGACUGUGAGAACGCUGUGCGCAUGGCCCGGGACUUUGCCCCGGACUUUAAGCCCUCGGUGCUGGAGCGCUUCGAGAAGCUCCGCUACCGCGAGCGGGAACGUUUCCGCGGCGCACCGCCGGCCCCCACCGAGGCUGGGAUGAAACCGACUGCGACAACGGGAAUGGGCAUGGGGGGAGCGGGAUCGGGAGCGGUAUCGGGAGCGAUAUCGGGAGCGGGAUCAACGCUGCAGCAGCAACAGCAACAGCAGACGGGACAGUUCUCGCCGGCGAGCAGCAGCGGAUCGGAUGCCUAUGCCACGCAAGCACAGCGCCAGCAGCAGUAUCUGAACAUGCAGCAGCAGCAGCGGCGCAUGUCCCAGCAGCAGCAGCUGGAGUCCGAGUGCCCCGUGCCGUCGUCGAUGUACUCGCAGCAGCUGCCCGUCUCGCCGCAGACGGAUCUCUCGGGAAUGGUCAGCCAGGCGCAGCCGAGCCACGCCCAGGUGAUCAGUGCCAUCAAUCAGAUGUACCACCAGCAGCAGCACCAGACCCAGCAGCAGCAGCAGCAACAGCAGCAACAGAGCAACCCACAAAUGAAUCCUGCAUAUCAGUUCCAGCAGCAGCAGCCGCCCGGCCAGGCCAAAAUGAACCUGAACCAGAACCAGACACAGACGCAGACACAGGCUCAAGUGCAGCAGCUUCCGUUCGGGGCUGGCACCAAUCUUGCGAACAUGUCGCCGCAGCAGCAGCAGCAGCAGCACCUACAACAAAACCAGCAACUCCAGCAGCUGCAACAGCAACUCCAUCAGCAACAAUCCGCGAUGCAUGCCUCGCCCAGCCACAAUGCCUCCAAUCUGCUGCGUCGCGCCUCGCAGAUGCAGCAGCAACAGCUGCAGGAGGCUGUCGCUGCCAAUGCCGCUGCCAUGGCAGCCGCCCAGCAGCAGCAGAGGAGCGGACGCCCGCCCAUGCUGGGCCAGAUGGGCCAGCAGUCGUCCAUCGACCAUUUCGACCACUACAAGCGACCGCCCAGCCGCGACUCCUCCAUCGACAGGUACGCGCGAGCCGCCAGUCGCAUGAGCGGCGCCUUUGCCGGCUCCCGCCAGACCUCGCUCGAUCGGUCCGGAAUCGCCGACCCGACGCUGACCAACGGCGGAACCACCACACCCGACGGGCGUCCGCGUGCCGGCUCAGUAUUCCGAGGAUCCACACCGGUGCCGGGAGCAGCCGCCGGCACCUCAAACAUGACCGGCAACGGAUCUCUGCCCUCCGGAACUGGUGGCAGACUGUCGCGUGCCGGCACCCCCAGCCUGGGAGCUGCAGCACGGGCGCCCAGCCAGAGCAACACGGCGGAGCCGCUCUUCUCCUCGCCCAACCAACCGUUCGAGGACGUUCUGCUGCGUCAGCGGACGCUCGGACAGGAUAUCAUUCCCUCGCCCUUGCAGCCCAAGCGCACGGAGAGCCUCUACUUGCCAGCCAAGCCGGCCACACCGGUGGGCAUGGCCAUGGGCGGCAAAGGUGGCGGAAAGAAGAUGAAGACGGUGCCCAUCAAUGUGUCGCUGCAGCGAAAGAAGUCCAUGCCAGACUUCCAGGAGCUGCCGCGUGCCACCGAGGCCAUGAGUCGCGAGGAGGUAUCCGCUCUGGGCUCGGCCCGCCGCGAGGCAGUGCGUCGACAGAUCGAAGUCAACGAGCGCCUCAAAGCGAAUCCCUUGCUGUACCUGGUCAGUCCACAGGUUAAGGAUUGGUUUGUGCGCCAGCAGCUGGUGCUGCUUGUGCUGUUUUUCAAUGCGGCGUUGGCACUACUGUUUGUCUACAUGCUCACCUAGCGCCGAAGGAUACGCAAGACGACACGAGGCAGGAGCAGAUGUGCUUGCGACUCGCCUCCGCACGGCUCGGCGUUUUUGGAGCCACUGUCACUCAGAUGCUCAGUUGGGCAAGAGCGCAGCCCGCGCUGUUUCGUGUGCUCUGUGUACUCCACUCCUCCCCACACUUUUGUGGGGGCGAGGCUAAUUACUUUUUAGCAUUUGCAGUAACAAAUUAUGAACCAAAAUAAGUAUCCAACGUACUACACACACUCGUCGCGAAUACUCGUAUGUUUAUCAUAUACAUAAUAUGAGAGUAACAAAGAGAAGAGAAGAGAAGCGAAGAGAACAAACACACAAAAUCGAAUUACAAUUCUAGACUGCAGCCAACUAAAGAAUAAUAUAAUUAACUAAUUAACUAGCGCAGAACUGCAAUGCACAAAUCGUAGUAAACUACUAGUAAAAUACUUGAACCGAACCGGGUGGCUGUGCGGCCAUUCGAUUAAUUUGUCAAGCCAAUUAAACAAUUUAUAUUUGUGGCUAACCAGAUAGGAGAGGAGGUAGCAGCAGCAGCAGCAGCAGCAGUAGUACGAGAUCAAAUAACUAUAUGCAAAUCAAUUUAACGAAUUUUUCUACACAUUUAAUGUAAAGCUAAAGGUAAAGGUAAUGGUAAAGCAGAAUGAAAGAAACAAAAACACAGAAGCAUAAUCAAUGUUUGAGCAGAACGAACACACGUAAUACUCUUAUAUGUACAUAUAUAUGGAUGUAUUCGAACUGUGGCUACAUAAUACUCGUACAUAUGUAAUACGAAAGCAAAUCUUAGACAAAUGCAAAGAAACCAAAAAAAGAAAACAGAAAACAGAAACAGAAGCAGAAACUAUUUCCUAUUUGCAAUUGAAUCUACAUUAGUCAGCAAACUUAAUCAAAACAAAAGGCAACCAAAUAAUAUAUGUAUGUACUCAUAUUUAUAUAUUACAAAUCGUAACGAUGUGACACCUAUAUUUGUAUAAUUAGCUAAAUUUUAUGGGACCGAAAAUAACAAGAACAAGAACAAGAACACGAGCAGCAGCCGCAGCAGCAGCAGCAGCUCCAAGAAAUCAAAAAUCUAGGGCGCUUUUCGCGCUUUGUUUUGGGUUAACCAGUUGAAAAUUUUUGAAAGAAGUAAGGUAAACAGAAUAGUAAAGAAAACAAAUCCAAACAAAACAAAAUCUAUAAAAUAUAUAUGUUUAAAAACAUCGGAUUGAGAUUGUUGACGAAUGAAGCUGUAUAUAUACAUUUUAAAAUAUCGUAUAACUAUAUUUAUUUUCUUCUCCAUAAUUUAUGUUUAAUUUCAUACUUUCAUUUCAAUGUGUUGGAACAUAUCGUUUUUAGUUUCAUUUAAUUUAUGAUAUACGAACAUGUUUUCAACGUUAUUAUUUGAACUUUUUCAUUUGUUAUAGAGAUUUUUAUGCAUUAAAAUAUUGAAAUGAAAUAAAACCGCACAUUCGCAUCUUAGCAAGUGUAUUCGGUAAUCUUUUAUUUGAUAACUCUACCACUUAUCACUUACCACUUACCAUUUACUAUUUAUAUUUAUAUCGAAAAUGAAACUCUCAAGUGCAAUUAUAGUAAACUGUAAAACUU